GAACUCUUGCGAGGUGCGCCACUGGAUGUGGCCUUGAGUGGAUGGUGCAAGCAUUGGCACCCUGCCGCCAAGGCGUCUUCGCUAGCUUCUGCACACAUGCUCAGCCAGAAAGUUGACUCGAUUGACGUCUUUCUUAGCCACGAUUGGGAGACUUCACACUGGACGAAACUACUCACUUUGCUGAUGGUCUUCAACUCCCGCGCAUCGUUCAUCGCGUGCUUGCUGGUGAGCGUCCUGACAUGUAUUCUUCGCAUCACCCAGGUGCUGCCAGACGAGUUGUGGACAGCGUGUUUUGGUCACAUUGCGUUUCUGGUUGUGCUAUGCUUUUGGCAAAGGAUCAGGAGAUUUUCCUGUCGACAACAGGUGGUUUUCCUGGAUCGACUAUGUAUCGAUCAGAGCGAUCCGGAGGUCAAGCAGAAGGGCAUCCUGGGACUGGGAGCUUUCGUUCUCAAAUCAAAAAAGAUGUUGGUCCUAUGGUCACCGCGAUACUUUACAAGACUGUGGUGUACUUACGAAAUUGGAUGCUUUCUGAGCCUCAGUCGUCGGAUCCAUGACAUUGAAAUCCUUCCUGUGAAGGUUGCUUUGAUUUUGUAUUUGACCGCGGCUCUAUGGCAUGCGUUGAUGAUCGCAUACUACCUGUUGAUAUCGGCCAACCCAGAAGGCUUUGAUUCUACUUACUUGGCUGGCUUAUUGAUUCCAGUUGUGGCAAUGUGUUUGUUAUUUUCUAUGCUUCUGCCCAUGGUGAACUAUCUGGGAAUGAGUAUGAUGCAGGAAGUGAAUGAGCUCCCGAGGCAGUUGCAGACCUUUCAAGUCCGAGAAGCCAAGUGUUUCUGCUGCAGCAAUAACCACCACCAUCCACAGACGGGAGCGGAACUGAUAUGCGACCGGGAGCUGGUCUAUGAGGGCCUCAAAGAUUUGUAUUCGGCCAAACCAGGAGCCGAUUGCCUUGAGGAGUUCAACACACGGGUCCAAGAACGGCUUGGUCCAAAGGUUUUCAGCCGAAUGGGAACGAGCUUUCCUGUGCAGUAUGGAAUAUAUGUGGUCUUGGCCAGCAAUCUGCCAUUCAUUGGGCACUUCAUCGUUCGGGUGCAAAAGGGCUUGGAUCCGAUGGAUCCGAUGGAUGGUUUUGAUCAAUCCGUUUGGAUUUUGCGAGAAACUUUGCGAUGGGUUCAGCCCUUCCUUUCUAUGCUUUUUUCACAAAGAUUCGCAGAAUGGGCUUGGAAGCUGUUCAACUUCAGAUCCAGUUUGUGCUUGUCUAUCUGCAUCUCUCCAGCCAUAAGUCUGGCAGUGGCCAGCACGUGGAUCAGCAUGGAAGCUGUGCUAUGGCUGACUCCAAAAAACAGCGUGUUACCAGUUCUGCCUUUCUUUGCGGUGUUGCUCCUUGAUCUUUACUUGUACAUGGACGUCUUCAAGAGCAUCACUUGGCGACAAACAUCCAAACCCGCAAGCGCAAGAGAAACACAGCGCAGCAAUGAUGCUGGGGAUGCAUCAGUUGCAGUCGACAUGUUGAAUUCCGCAAGCCCGACCGCAUGGGACAAGUGGGAGGUGGAAGAGGAUGGAGAUACCCUUGUAACCUGGAAAUUCUAGUCGAGUCAUCCCAUUAGACGUGGGUGCACCUAUGCCGCCGCCGUUGAAUAAGGAUAUUCUCUGUUUCACUACAGUCUCACAACGAUGCUCACUGACAUAGUCGAUGUGAUUGUCGACGUCGUCAGCCAGCAGAAAUUCUUUAGACUCUUUCUUGCUUUCAACGAUUUUCAAAGUCAUCUUUGCAUAUCUUUGCUGUUUCGGCUGGUAUGCUGGGUCACUUCCCGCACUUUCAGCUACGCCGGCAGUAACCAGGAGUCUUCAUUUUCCCAGUGCUCGCACAUUUUCAGACUCAUCUUUUGAAAUGAGGAC